UUUACUUUCUCUCUCUUCGGCAAUGGAAACGCUUGUGCAUAAUUUCAACCCAGUCCUCCCAAAUUCACUAUUUUUAAGAAAAAGCUCGUCAUCUAGAUUUUCCUUUAAUCAAGUGCGAAUCAUCUCCUCAGGCCAGCACCGCCGCGGUGGUAACUUGAGGAUGGCCCUGGCUGCACAAGACUCCGUAAUUCAAAAGAAAAUCAUAAUACCAAACAAACAUGGUGAAAAACUUGUGGGCGUAUUGCACGAAACUGAAUCUCCGGAGAUUGUAAUCUUAUGCCAUGGUUUUCGGUCCUCAAAGGAAAAUAAGACUAUGGUGAACCUUGCUGUUGCAUUGGAAAAUGAAGGAAUAAGUGCCGUUCGCUUUGACUUCGCUGGGAAUGGGGAAAGUGAAGGUUCCUUUCAGUAUGGUAACUAUUGGAGAGAGGUCGAUGACUUGCAUUCUGUAAUCCAACACUUCUCUGCAGCAAACCGUGUUAUAAGGGCAAUUCUCGGGCAUAGUAAAGGAGGCAAUGUGGUACUACUGUAUGCAUCUAAGUACCAUGAUGUCUACAAAGUUGUCAAUGUUUCUGGCCGUUAUGAUUUGACGGAAGGCAUUGAGAAACGCCUGGGAAAAGAUUUUAUGCAGAGAAUUAAAGAGCAUGGAUUCAUUGAUGUAAAAAGUAUACAAGGAGAUUUUAUUUACCGUGUGAGUGAGGAAAGUUUAAUGGAUCGCCUGAGUACAAAUAUGCAUGAAGCAUGUCUUCAGAUUGACAAAGAAUGCAGGGUCUUCACUGUCCAUGGAUCGCAUGAUACAAUCGUCAGGUCUUUGGAUGCAUUUGAGUUUGACAAGAUCAUACCUAAUCACAAAUUACAUGUUAUUGACGGAUGCGAUCAUGGAUACGUUCACUAUCAAGGAUAUUUAGCCUCAAUUGUUUUGGAUUUUAUAAAGGACGCCUCUGUGACAGAACAAGAUGGUACCACUAGCUAAAUACUUCUGUGCCCACCAGCAUAUCUAACUCCACGUUGUGCUUAUUCUUUUAGGCUGUCAUCACCUUGUCGUGUCUGGUGAGGAUUGUGUUAAUUUCUUGGCGGCUACAAUUUGAAGCCUUUCAACCGAGGAUAUUGGGCAAUCAUAUAUAUAUUGCUUGAAUCGCUCAGAACUUUAUAAUGCAAGCCCACAUUAAUUUGUGUGAAAGAUGAAUGUGGCAUUGGUAACGCGGCAUUUAGUUAUGGCCUAGGUGAAAUAUAAGGAAAACGCUACUCCAUUAUUACUACUUUGGUUGCCCCAUGGUCGUGGCAUGCCAUUUUGCAUGAAACGGAGAAUAGAAGCACCAGAAGCCUGCCAUUGUAGAAGUCAACAUUUUCAAGGACGAUGCUGUCAUCAAGUUUCUAAUCCCAAAAGUUUCAAGCGUCAAUUCAGUGUCUCUCCCCAAACAAAAGAAAUUGCAAGAUAUCCUCCCAGGAAUCAUCAACCAACUUGUGCCAAAUAACUUGGAAAAUCUAGGGAAGCGUGCGCAGCAUUUUCAAAUUCAGCAACCGCCUACUGUUGCACAACCAACGCAAGAAGAUGAUGAUGAUGAGGUCCUGGGGAAAUGGGUCCGGUGACGUGAGGAGGGAGGGAGGCAACGGGGAGUCUUUGGUCUAGGGUUCCAAAUCUUCAAAUCGGCUUGUGGUUGUUAGUUUUAUCUAUUUUUUAUUAUUGUUUUUAAAAAAGUAAGCCAUGUGACAUGCGAGGUCAAAUGGGCGACCUGGCAUGUCAAAGCGGUAAUACUCAGGCGGCCAACUAGCAAGUCUUUAAGAGUAAUGUUAAAUAUAAUUCUAAGAUGUUUAAGUCC